AUGGUCCAUGGCGUCGUGGUCUCCGGAAUAUCCGAGCGGACUCGGAGCCCACGCGCUGAGGAUACCCUCCACAGCCGGGCGUUAAACCGCGCGGGCAGCGCUGCGAGAGCUACCGAAGACGACUCGAGUGGGGAGCCCCGAGGCCGCGCGCUUCCUCGCCGCGCCAGGCAGGGAAGGCCCAUAUGUGCCGGCACCGGUUGGUCAGAGGCGUGUACCGGCGGCUGGGGGCGCCCGGGCCUCCCAGGCAACGGCGAAGGCGGAGUCCGGGCCCGGCCGGGGAGGCGCGCGGAGAGGCCCCCCCGUUACCGGCCCGCCAAGGUAAACAAGGCCGCGACGUGCGCCGCGCACUUACCAGGAGCUGCGGCCCCGCGGCCGCUGAGCCCGGGCGAGCCAGACCGGGUCAGGCCGGACCAGAGGGAUAGGAUUGGGGCACAGCGGCGGCAGAGACAGCAGGCCGACGCCGGUCAAACCCGCGCUGCUUCCUCCACAGGAGCGGUCUCCGCAGCUCCGGAAGUGCUUGGCGCCGUUGCGUCACUUCCGGACUGGGGUCGACCCACGGUCUCUUGGGUCGCAGCAGGCUCCUGGCUACAGAGCCCCUUUAGCGCCGCCUCCUUGCAACUUGGCGCUCUGACCCAGAGUUACAGGGUACGGCGGGCUCCGACCGCGUGGGGAGUCACCAUUAGCACACUAGCGUUUCCCGCCGAGAUGAUGUUAACCAGCGCGUUUCUUACCGACUUCUCAUAUCACUGUUCGUACUCCGGGAUCGGGCACGGAGAGGACAUCUGGCGUCGGUGGAGUGGAUGGAGGACCAUUGUUUCCCAGCCGCUAUCUGGUCAGAGGAGAGCUGGGGCCUGCACCGAGAGGCGGUCUCUGGGUGGCCCCAGAGCCGCAGCCACACCAGGCUUUCGCUUCCCCCGCCGCGGCCUCGUUUGCCGCCCAGUUCUCUACUUAACGCUCACCGUGCAAAAUUGCAUCUUAACUGCCUUGCUUGCAGUUUCUUUUUACAGUGUAGGAAUUGUCAUGAUGACUUCCAGUUACCUUCUGGGGCCGGUUGUCAAAUGGUGUGGCUAG